CUCCCGCGGAACACGACCUCCCCUGCGCAUGCUGACCGUUCCAUAUAGGAAGUGCGAUAGGGGCCACCCGUGCAGUAACUGCAUGAAACGUGAGGGCGGUGACGCGUCCUCAUGUUCUUACGCGACGCCUUCCACUCGCAAAAAGAAUCAAAGCCAAGGCUCUUCAAGUCCUGAUGACAUGCAGAACCGUAUUGACCGCUUAGAAGGCCUAGUUUUGUCUUUGAUGCACGGGGGUGCUGUUGUUGACCCUUCUACCUCGGCAGUAGCCACCGCCGCAGCAACUAGCGCGCCGACCGGAAAGUCGAACACCGACAGCACACCUAAAUCAGGGAAGGCGGAUCCCGACGACGAGACGCGAAUGCGCGACGACGAGGACGAUGACAGUGACCCAGACGGCGAGUUGGCCACUUCUCUGGGCGUGCUGAAGGUCGACACAGAGAAGGGAAAGUCGAUGUACGUCGGCCAGGAGCAUUGGCAUACGAUAUUGAAGGACAUAUCGGAGGUCAAAGCCUAUUUCAGCAACCACAAGAAAGACUUGGAGAAGAGCUACGAGAAGGUCAUGAUGUCAAAACCGGCGAGCGCCAGGGAGGGUCCUACGUUCCUCCUCGGAGCCACGCCCGCCAGCGAAGUCGAGUUGCGAGCAGAAUUGCCGCCUAAGUCGACUAUCUUGGUGUUGUGCUCUAGAUACUUCAACUCGAUGGACAAUGCGGUCAACAUUAUCCAUGCGCCCACGUUCCAGCAACAACUGCGCGCACACUGGCAGGACCCCUCAAAAACGCCAAUCAUGUGGCUGGGCCUUCUCUACUCGAUCUUGUGCCUCGCCAUGCUGAGCUACCACAAGGUUGGAGAUGAGCCGCCCGAGUGGAAAGGAAGGGCGUUAGAUUUGGCGUCGGAAUAUCGACUGCGGACUGUACAGUGCCUAAUCGCGGCCGACUACACGAGGCCGGUCGAGUACACCGUAGAGACAAUGAUUCUCUAUGUCUUUGGGGAAUAUUCGUCGAGGUGGGAUGCCGAUUUGGGAAUCUAUUUGAUCGUCUCGCUUCUCAUCAGAGUUGCUUUCCGGAUGGGCUACCACCGGGACGCCAAAUGGUUCCCCACCAUAACGCCGUUUCAAGCUGAAAUGAGACGACGGACAUGGGCACUAGUCAGGAUGGCAGAUGUCUUCUUUUCGCACCAAGUCGGUCUGCCUUCGAUGAUUUAUGGUCAUGAUUGUGAUACUCAAUUGCCGAACAACAUCUUUGAUGAGGAGUUCGGACUGGACACGAAAGUACUGCCCCCGUCACGACCAAAGACGGAGCCAACGCCUAUAGCGUACAUGAUUGCAAAGUCCAGAUUGUCCACUGAGAUGGGCGAGAUUCUGCAGGCGACCAAUCGAGUGGGGAGGCAACUGCCGUACGACGAGAUUCUGCGGUUUGACGCUCGCCUCCGGGAAAUCAACGACGAGAUCCCGCCGCAUCUCAAGGUGUCCUCGUUGGAGGGCUCACACGACCCAGUCACGCUGAUUAUUGCGAGGUUCAACAUCAACGUCUUGUACAACAAGAUCAUCUGCCUGCUGCACAAGAAGUACGUUCCCCGGGCCAGGCAAAACCCGCGAUAUGCCUACUCUCGUAGGACUGCAGUCGAGGCCGCGUUGGAGACAUUGCGGCACUUGAUCACGCUUGAUCGGGAAUCACAGCCAACCGGCAGACUUCGGUCUCUGAAGUGGUUUGUCAAUUCAAUAGCCACCAAGGACUUUCUCCUUUCGGCCAUGCUGGUCGCUCUUGACCUUCACUUCGAUCGAGUGGCGGAGACGAGUAACGAACGCAGAAGAUCGGAGACAGCGAUAUUCUGGACGCCAGAGCAAAGGUUGGAGAUGACUAGGAGCCUCGAGCUUACCAAGGACAUCUGGGCAGGGCUCGCCGACGGGUCGGUUGAAGCCUACAAGGCGUCCAAGAUUCUGGAGAUCAUGCUGCAAAAGAUCAAGAGCCCGAACGCCGACGCAGAGACCUCCAAAGGUGGCGGCGGCGGCAGCGGGUCUUUGCCGAGUUUCGAUGGUAGCCCCGAGAUGGAGCCGGAACACAACGCUGCCAUGACGCUGGGCAUGCUCUCGGGCGGAAUGACACCCAACACGGCAGCUGCCAUCGAGAGCAGCCUGCAGGCGUCCAACAACUUUGGUGGCGGCAUGGAUUUCGGCGUGUCACUACCCAUGACGGGGACGGGCAUGACGCCAAACUUCCAAGGCGACUUUGGUAUGAACAAUGCGGGGUCUCCGUUCUCAAUGUUUAACAACCUUGAGGCCGGCGCGGAUUUCCCCGCCAACUUCGACUGGAACGCCUUUGAGACGUACACCCAGAACGCGAACUGGGCCCCGGACACUGGCUUCCAGCAGAUUUAUCCUGGCCAGUCCUCGCCGGAAACAGACGCCUCCGGGAUGCCCUUUGGCAGCACCAACGGCAACAUGGCUGGCUAGUUGGUCGAUCCAAGAUGCAGAGACACGGCGGGUACAAGCAGGAAGCAGGUAAUGUGAUGACGAUUUGAAUGACAGAAUCAGGAAGACCUGCGCGAUUGGCUCGUUCAGCCGGACCAACAGGGGGGCCUGGGGAAACGAAUCGCUUCUCACCAUAGUAGCCACACACGGGCUUAGCACCUAGGAUAGGUAGGAGGAAGGGUGAUGAAAGUUCGCACCAUGUUGGAAGUUAAUACAAAAUACCCUUCUCCCUUUUUCUCUAGCACGUGCAAACUCUUCCUUUCAGUUGCGGCAC